CUGCGCGCACGCGCCAGGUCCUCACGCGGCUUCCGUCCGGCUUAAGAUGGCGGCACCCGGGGUUCCCUGGAGCGGUUGCAGAGGGUACUGCCGCUCUAGGCGAGGUCGGGCCGCCCUGCGCGGAAGAACCGCCCCCAGCAGCUGCAGCACUACUGUCGCUUAGCAAGGAAUCCCAGGCUCGCCUGGGACGGCAGCCGCACCAUGGAUUCUUCCAGUUCAUCUAAUUCUUGUUUAUCCAUCGGCCCCACGGGUUCCAGCGCUGUAAUACUCCUCUAUUCGAAGGAGCACAAAAAGUGGGAUGAGUUUGAAGAUAUUUUGGAGGAGAGAAGGCAUGGCAGUGACCUGAAAUUUGCAAUGAAAUGCUACACACCUCUUGUCUAUAAGGGAAUUAUUCCUUGCAAACCAAGUGAUAUUAAACAUAGUGUUCUCAAUUCUGAAGAGAUUCAUUAUAUCAUUAAACAGCUUUCUAAGGAAUCUCUUCAAUCUGUUGAUGUCCUCCGAGAAGAAGCUUGUGAAAUCUUGGAUGAAAUGAGUCACAAACUGCGUCUGGGAGCUAUCCGGUUUUUUGCCUUCACCUUGAGCAAAGUAUUUAAACAAAUUUUCUCAAAAGUGUGUGUAAAUGAAGAAGGUAUUCAGAAAGUACAACGAGCCAUCCAGGAGCAUCCAGUUGUCCUGCUGCCUAGUCAUCGCAGUUAUAUUGACUUUCUGAUGUUGUCUUUUCUUUUAUACAACUAUGACUUACCUGUGCCAGUCAUAGCAGCAGGAAUGGACUUCCUGGGAAUGAAAAUGAUUGGUGAGCUUCUACGGAUGUCAGGUGCCUUUUUCAUGCGACGAACUUUUGGUGGCAAUAAACUCUACUGGGCUGUAUUCUCUGAAUAUGUAAAAACUAUGUUACGGACUGGUUAUGCUCCUGUUGAAUUUUUCCUCGAAGGGACAAGAAGUCGCUCUGCCAAGACAUUGACUCCUAAAUUUGGUCUUCUGAAUAUAGUGAUGGAACCAUUUUUUAAAAGAGAAGUUUUUGAUACAUACCUUGUUCCAAUUAGCAUCAGUUAUGAUAAGAUAUUGGAAGAAACUCUUUAUGUGUAUGAACUUCUAGGGGUUCCUAAGCCUAAAGAAUCUACAACUGGAUUGUUAAAAGCCAGGAAGAUUCUCUCUGAAAAUUUUGGAAACAUCCAUGUGUACUUUGGAGACCCUGUAUCACUUCGGUCUCUGGCAGCUGGGAGGAUGGAUCGGAGUCCAUAUAGCUUGGUUCCAAGACAUAUUCCUCAGAAACAGUCAGAGGACAUGCAUGCCUUUGUCACUGAAGUUGCCUACAAAAUGCAGCUUCUACAAAUUGAAAACAUGGUUCUGAACCCAUGGGCCCUAACGGUUGCUGUUUUGCUCCAGAAUCUGCCAUCCAUGAACUUUGAUGCUCUCGUUGCAAAGACCUUGUGGCUGAAAGGUUUAACACAGGCAUUUGGAGGAUUUCUCACCUGGCCUGAUAAUGAGCCUGCUGAAGAAGUUGUCCAGUCCAACAUUCUUCUGCAUUCCAACAUCGCCAGCCUUGUCAAAGAUCAGGUGAUUUUGAAAGUGGACUCUGGAGAGUCAGAAGUGGUCAGUGGACUUACUUUUCAACACAUUACUCUCCUCACAUGCUCAGCUUAUAGGAACCAGUUGCUCAACACUUUUGUCCGUCCAUCCUUAGUAGCUGUAGCCCUGCAGAUGACACCUGGCUUCAGGAAAGAGGAUGUCUACAGUCACUUUUGCUUUCUACGUGAUGUUUUUUCAGAUGAGUUCAUCUUCCUACCAGAAAAUGCACUGAAGGACUUUGAAGAAGGCUGUUACCUGCUUUGUAAGAGUGAGACCAUACAAGUGACAUCGAAAGACAUCUUGGUUGUAGAGAAAGGAAAUACUGUACUAGAGUUUUUGAUAGGACUCUUCAAACCUUUUGUGGAAUGUUAUCAGAUAAUUUGCAAAUACCUCUUGAAAGAAGAGAACUCCUUCACUGAGAAGCAGUACUUGGCUGGAGUUAGAAAAUUUACAAGUGAACUUCUUGAUGAAGGUACCUCUCAGUGUUAUGAUGUAUUAUCUUCUGAUGUGCAGAAAAAUGCCUUAGCAGCUUUUGUGAGACUAGGUGUGGUAGAGAAGAAGAAGGUAAAUAAUGACUGUAUACUUAAUGUGAAUGAACCUGCGAUGACUAAAUUAGAAAAAAUGCUUGGUUGUAAGAUACCAGUAGGAAAAUCAGUGACUGCAAAACUUUAAUAAUCCCCAAACAGUUAUGGAAAAUUUGGUUCAAUAAUUACCAUUAUCAAAGGACUCUGUUACAACAAACAGGGAAGUAAAGGAAAAUACACAUCUUCUCCUUCAUAAGACUUUGAGAAGAGUGGACUCAGCUGAGAGGAAGAGAUGAUCAGUUUAAGCAAUCAAUGUAAUCUUCCCCAGCCCAAUGGCUAAACAGGCAUUUAUAUCCAACUCCCUUGUCUUUUAAAAUAAAACCAUCUUUUGGAAACGUGUUUGGAAAA